GCCACUAGAAGAUCACACUAAAAAAUUUACAUUAUCCCACCUUUAAAAAGAUUUCGCUAGGGUUUGGAAGGAGCAAGGAGUUUCUUUCCUCGCUAGGGUUUCCAAGUUUUAAAACCCUUUCCCAAGUUAUAAGUUUUUUCUCUCUACAGGUUUAACCAGCAACAGGAGAAUUUUUAAGGCGUCUGCGGCUGGGCUUUAUCAUCUAUCGGCAAAAUGGUGGCCACUAAGAAAACUAAAAAGGCUCACGAGAGCAUCAACAACAGGUUGGCUCUUGUGAUGAAAAGUGGAAAAUAUACGCUAGGUUACAAAACUACCCUCAAGUCAAUCAGGACCAACAAAGGAAAGCUUAUUAUAAUUGCAAACAACUGUCCUCCUCUUCGUAGGUCAGAAAUAGAGUACUAUGCUAUGCUUGCAAAGAUUGGGGUACAUCAUUUCAAUGGAAACAAUGUUGAUCUAGGGACAGCUUGUGGCAAGUAUUAUCGGGUGUGCUGUCUCAGCAUUACAGAUCCAGGUGAUUCUGAUAUCAUCAAGACUGUACCAUCAGAUCAGUGAGUGCAUAAUUGGGAUGGUUUGGUCAGGAAAUUGUUAAUUUUUCUUACCUGCCCAAGAUAUUGGGAAGGAGUAGGGAGUCAGUGGUAAAAACUUUUUGUCAAGAUUUUUUUCAGUUUUUCUUCUAGACGGCAAAAAACACCAACCUUUCUUUUUAGGAAUGAGUUGUCUUCUGUUUAAGAGGGCUAUUUAUGCUGAAUGACCGAAAUCUGUAAUCAUGGAAACUUGUAAGGUGUCAAUCAAAUCUAUAUUCCAUUUUA